UGUGGUUAUCGCUUAUCAUCAAAAUGGCCUUUUUUCCGCCAAAGACCAAAUAAAAGCGAAAUAAGUGCUAAGAAAUGUCUGUGUCAAGUACAUCCAUGUGCCAAAACUCGAGUUCGAUGGAAAGCUCGCUCAAUCUUUCCCUGAAUGGGUGCGUGCAAGAAAUCCUCAAAUGUUUCUUUUGCGAGAAAUUCCUGUCAGUGCCGCCCAUCUACAACCACGAAAACGAGUCGAUUUGUGGCCGCUGUCGGUUCGUGAACAAGGCUGAAGAUUCGAAAUGGGUUCGCCAAACUUUGUACGAAUCAGUUGCCAAAUAUCUCAUUUUUCCAUGCUCGAAUACGUCGUACGGGUGUAAAGCGCAGCUGAAAUGGGGCGAAGUGGAAGAACACGAAAACACCUGUCUUUACAAGAAGCUCAAUUGCCCCUAUAUCAAUGACGAUAUUUUUGGUACUGAUAAGUGUAAGUGGAUGGGGUCUGGGCCGGGUUUGAACGAGCACCUUGAAAGCUGCCACGGAGACAACAUCAAAAAACUACCAGAAGUCAAUUUUACCGAGACCAAAUGGAACUGCAUUUUUUUAACCCGAAUUUUAAAACAGCUCAUGAUCGUGACAAUCAAGUACGAGCCACCCGAGAAACUCUCGUGUCUGGUUAUGGUAAACGGGACCAGCACGGACUGUGAUGCAUACCGAUACCAGUUGGAGUUGUACGACGAAAACCGAAAAAAUUCAGUGAUUUUGCGCAGGAGCAGGCUCGAAGACGCGGUCGGUUUUGAGGAGAACCUCGCCAAUCCCGAGAAAAUGCUAGUGGUGGAAUUAUCAGUAGUGAACGGGUUGCUCAAAAACCCGACUACCGUGAUGGGUCGCUUCGGAAUCAUCAAGAAAUCAAAGCGCGAGAUUAGCUAUGGAGACAAGAGUUUGAACUCGACGCAACUUGAGGGUGUUUUCGACGAGAAUUUCCUGAGGGAGCUGGAAUGCCCGGUUUGUAAAAACUACAUGGUUCCACCCAUCCAGAUUUGUAGUACGGGUCACAGUUUCUGCCUGCGUUGCAGAGCACAGAUGGACGAGUGCCCCACGUGCCGCCACCCCUUCCAAGAGGGUCGCAACUACACUCUGGAGAAGCUCACGACGUGCAUUUCCUACCCUUGCAUGUUCCGGGAGGCCGGGUGCUCUGUCGCUUGUUCCAGUGAGAAAAUCCGGGAGCACGAGCAGGAUUGUAGUUUUUCGGGGAUACAGUGCUUUUUGGAUUGCGCCACAGGGGCUGUCAUGAAUAUGUUUAAGCACUUGAAUGAGAAACACCAUGAUGGGUUGAUUGUCGCCGGGGAUGUGCAUAUUCUGGAUGUGGGGGAUAGGGAGGAUACUUUGAGGUAUUUCGCGAUUUGCUUUGGCAACGAUAUUUUUAGAUUGGUGGUUUGGUACGAUGGGGAUAUUAAGUUUUCGUUGCAGCAGUUCGGGGUCAAGCAGAGCUCUUAUGCGUACGAGUUGGAGAUUGUUUGCUCCACGGAGUGCUCUGAGAAGAUUAUUUUGGGGAGGGAGUGUCAGCCGAUGUGUAACGAUUUCUGGGGGAGGUGUGUGGAGCUCCCCGAGGAUAUUAUCGACAGGUUUAUUUCAGAGGAGGAGCUGAUAUUUUUUAAAGUGCAUUUGAAGAAGCUGACGUAAGAGGAAAAGCGCUUUGUUUUAUUUAACGAUAAGGAUAUUUAUGUAUUACUGUUAUUUUUAAGUUUUUGAGGUCAAUAUAUGUUUAAGUAUACUCA